AUGGAUUUUACUGGCAAAUUACUGACUCAACUGACCAUCAUCGUACUGACCGCAACAUUACUGCUUUCUGCAAGCACCUCACAACAGAAAGAAACAGAACAUAUCGCAUGCCAUGACUGUUUGAGUAACAAUCCAUCCUGCAAAGAUAUAUGCCAUGGGAAAUACUGCUACAAGGCGGAAUUCAUCGCUGAUGGUGUUACAACCAUCAAACGUGGUUGUCUCAAUCAAACAGAUGAUGGUUUUCCGGUUCGCGGAUGUGAUGAAGCACCAUCCGAUUUACCUGGUUCCGAUGUGAAAGCUACUGAAAGGAUGUGUAUUUGUCAAUCAGAUCGGUGUAAUAACGCUGCUCACUUGUCUUUUACAUCUGUUGUAUUAGGUCUGUCUGCUUUGUCUAGAUUUUUAAGCGCUUUGUGGUGA